CGACGUUCAAGAACGGUCUCGCAGCCAUCGGCAACGUGGUCAUGAUCAUGCACCCGUGGAACGACCCGAUCGCGCUUCGUCGAAGCUGGUGCGUGUUUGAGGUCUACGUCGCGGUGACCAUGGGCGCGCGCUUUGAAGUCGCUUUGGCACGCGACCAGGAAGCGACGUUCCUUGAAGACAUGGCGGACGAAGGCGCGAUCUACUACAUGCUAGCAAAGAUCAAGAGCGAAGACUCGGAAGCCACUGUCCCGAGCGACCGCGAUGGUAUUUUCGAGCUCAUUCGCACCGAGACGUCGUUCACCGCUGUCGACCGGCUCAUUUUUACAACGUUGACGACCUGGUGA